AUGCAGCCUGAGCGGGGCGGCAGCCGACCCCGCAGGGAAGGUGGCCGGCACGGCCGGCGGCGCCCCGGCGGCGCGGAGAGGGCGGCCGAGGCGGCGACCGAAGGACGCGGCGGGGACGGCCGCGGAGGAGGCGGGGGCCGGGGAAGAGGCGGCGCUCACGGGCACCGAGGAGGUGGGGGCCGGGGCAGGCGAGAGCCUCGAGGUCGCGGGGGAGCGCCGCCGCCCACCGCCCACCAUCACCACAGGGUAGAGGAGGAUGAUGAUACUGAAUCACGAGAGGAAGAAGAGAAGGAAGAACUGAAAAGCUAUUCAAGAAGAAAGAUUUUUUCCAACUGGAGCCGCUAUGAGGAUACAGAAAAAGAGGGACAGAGUGAACAUGGGGAAUCACAGAGAGGAACAGACUUCAGUGUUUUGCUUAGCUCAGCAGGAGAUUCCUUUACACAGUUCCGAUUUGCUGAUGAGAAAGAAUGGGAUAGAGAAAGCAUAUGCCAUAAGCAGUUAUCUGCACUUUCUGUUGACUGCCAGUCUUUGGUCCAGGCCCUUCAGGAAUUGCCUCUACAUCUGAGGUUGAAUCUAGCUGCUGAACUUGUACAGGCAUCAACACCUGUAGAGCUCCCACAGAUGAAAUCUAAAAUUAUUGAAGACAACAAGAGGAGAGAGCUUCUGUUCCGACAGUCUCCAGCUCAAAGUGAAAUGGUGUUGGUCUCCCCUCCUGUCGGUGAUGCUGUUGCUCCAUCAGAGUCUGGAAGUAAAAAUGGUCCUAGGGCAAGUGCAGCAGAACCAUUUCAGAGAGCUCAUCCACUAUCAAAGCAAGAGACUGACCAUUUGGAUGAAGAACUAGAUCUUCUCCUCAAUCUAGAUGCUCCCGUUGAUACAGAAAACAGACCCGUGUCAGCUGCAUUAUCGUACAACGUACCAACUGAGAAAGAUUUGAAAAUGGGUUGUAAGGAAAACGACCCUUUAAAAUUAGAUAUGCCUGAAGAGAAGAAUACAACAUCACAGCAACAGCAAAGUACAUCUAAAAAUGUUACUGAGGAAGAGCUUGAAGAUUGGCUGGACAGCAUGAUUUCCUGAAGCUCAAAUCUUCUUACAUGUGAAUAAUUGAAUAUAGCAAACAUUAAGUAGAAAGUUGAAUCGUCCUUUAUCUAUCUCCUUCACUUUGUUCAGUAUGCCAAAUGCCUGGUUUUCUUCGUUGGCAUCUAAACUUCUGUGCAACCAAAAUUCAUUUACAUGUGAUUGAAAAUUGUCUAAGAGUAAUAUUCUUAGAAAGGUCUAAAAUUUGUGAUGAAGUUUGGAUUUUCUUUGCUAAAGAUGCAGGCUACAGCACACUAAGAAAACAGUUAUUUCAGCUUGUACUUGCUCUAUGUAGUCCUUAAAAUAAAGCUAUGAAUGAACAAUGAAUACA